GUGUGUGUGAGUAACUUUUCCAGCAAUCUCAUUCUCAAAUGCCUUGCCAACUACUCCAUCUCCAUCCUCUUAAGAUUCUCUGCUUUUUUUUUUUUUACGUGGUAUUCUUGGUAGGCUUAUAGGAUCCUUCUUCUGGUUCUCUCCUUCUUCACCAUCUUUUGGUAGAUAAGGGCAGCAGCAGGAUGUUGCUGGUGGAGAGGGUAAUACAAAGUGGAGAGCUGGGAGAAAUUGAUAUGGAGCUUUAGAGUAAGGCAGCUGGGAAUAGCAGAAGGAAUUCAGUAAGAAAUAAGAGCAGAGGGAGAUGUAACAGGCAUUGAGAUCUUAAGACUGGAUAAAUAGGAAACGGCCCCUGGAACUAGCAAUUGUUCAAGCUUUCACUUGUUCUCUUCUUUGUGCCUAAUGGUGGGAAGUGAGUUUCUUCCUCUAAAAGUCUCUGCCUGUACUAAUCUCUAUAUAUGCUCUCUGUAUGUCAGUCUAUAACAGAAGUGUUAAGUUCAUCCGGCCUUGCAGGCUUGGAAGUGUUGCUGGACCAGUCUGUGGGCUGGACUGGGACUGCCACCUUGUGGAGUGGGUGUGCAAACGGAUCCAGCCUGUGCAACACAUGCAGCUCAUGCCCUGGAGUGUGUGCGCAAUGCUGGGUCCAGCCUAUGUACUGCAGACAGCCCCAGCCCUGGAGACCAUGUGCGCAGUGAGCCCUGGGGCCAGUGGUUGGUGCCCACAGUGUGUAGGCUGGACUUUGUGCUGUGCAUGGCACAGGGAGUCUGGGGUGUGGGCUACAUGCCGUGCCUCAUGUCUGCAGCAUGCAUAGUGCCAGGUCCAGCCUGCAUACGGCAUGCAGUGUGUGGGGCUGGGGCUGGCACAUGGGGUCUGAGCCAUGGGCCAGAUCCAGCCCUGAGGCCAUAUGUUUGACACCUCUGGUCUAUAAGGUGCAUAUUUAUCCUACCUCAUGCCUGACUAACCACCUCUCUGUACUAAUCCCCUACAAAGGAAAUAACCAAAAUGGUCAGUGUAUAAAUAGCUAGAUGGCCUCUCCGUGGACCUAGACCUUGUAGUGUUGGAGAGGCUUGCAUGUCCCAAUGAUCUUCAGAGCUAUGUUGCCCUCCUGGCAAGGUCACCCAUGGCAAACAGGCCUGUUGAGGGAUUCCAGACAAACUAGGGUCCAACCUCAAGUCCUCACUAGUGGAUCUGAUGGAAGAUGUCAGGAUCUAAACAGCUGUACGGCAGAAGAAGGUUGCAGCAGGACAACAGUUCUGUCAUCUAGGAUUUUCCCUUGCUCCUAGGUCCAGAUCUCCACCUUGUCAAGACUGUGUAGUUGUUGUUUCCAUGCACCAGCUUCCUUGGGUUAAAUGAAGCCACGCACAGGCUUCUACCCCAGGAAACAAUGCUCUUCAGCUAGAUGGAGAAUGAAGCAUGUAAAUAAAUAGAUCUGGCUCUUAAGUAGCACUCAAUUAGUCGGUAAAAAAUCUAAUCUUUGUUCUAGUAAGUCCUCUGCACUCAGAACAAAAAGCUGUAUAAUUUCCUUCUUUUUAUGUCUUGGCCUAGGAUUGUCAAAUCCACUCUGAUCCUGCUCCCAUUAAUAUCCCGUAUGCCCCUGUGUUACUGCCAAUUACUCUUUUCUCUUCUUUCCUGCAGUCCUCUCGUAGUUUCCAGGUGACGUGUUUGAAGUCUCAAUGAGCACAGAGCACUGUUUUCUCUUGGCUCAAGCCUCUGUACAUUGCAGACUGCCAUUGCACUGUCAGGUUCGGAUCUUCAUUUCUUUAAAUACUAACUUUUAAUACUCUCCUAGUUUUGCAUAUGCCUAAAUCAGACAUUGCACUAGUCUUUUAUCUGUUUGAGGAAAAAAAAAAUCUGAGACUGUGCGAGGGAGAGAUCUUGUACAUUCAAACCAAUUAAAUAUGUUACAGUAGUUACCUCUGACGCCUUGGCUCUUGCCAAAGAAUCUUUAACCACUUGUUCCCCUCUUGAUUGUCUCUGAGAAAACAUGCUGCUUUCUGAGAAGGGUUUGCACUAGGUUGAAUGAUCCCUCAUUCUAUUAUCAAGAUUUUUUUUGGCUGAAUUUCACAGUUGCUUUUAUGGACUCAGUCUUGAUUAGUCUUUCACAUCUUGCCGGGGUCAAUUGACCCCAGCACUCUUUCCUGCCGUGUCAGGGGGUCGGACUUGAUGAUCUACUCAGGUCCUUUCCGACCCUACCAACUAUGAAACUAUUGUGGAAAAUCCAGUUUAUAGGGGAUUGUCAAGGCCUGAACACUUGUUUGUUUGACUUACCUUAAGCAACUGUGGGUCUAAAGCCUUUGCAUGGCUCAGUUUGUAGCUCUGAUACCAUCUUGAAACUCAAAAGUUAAGUUUUGGGUGAGAAGUGACAUCCCAAAAUCGGUGGGUUAUACCCAAAGCUGACUUCUCUAUGAGGGUCCCAUAGGUUUUGGAAUAAGCCUUAUAUUUAGGUCUCUCAAUUCUAUCCCCGAUGACUAACCAAUUAGAUACUCUUGCAAAUAACCAUGUACAGUAUGUCCUGAUUGACAACUCUCCUCUCCCACCUCAGAAAGUCAUGUCAUUAGAGAUGUAUUUUUCAGGCCAGAGGGUAGAAGCAAGUUGAUCAAAAAUGUUUAUUUAAAGGCACAGCACUGUUGCUUCUUGAAGUCAGCUUUACUGGAUCCAGAAAUUGGAAACUAAAUAAAUAACAAUAAAUCAGGAAGCAGUAGUUGACUGGCAACAGACAAGACAAGCAGGGCAAAUUGGCCUUGAUCCCAAAACUUUUAACAGCAAAGGUUCUUUCUCCUUGUCAUUUAAUAACUUCUGUUUGUUUUAAUGCUUAUCUUGAGAACAAAGAAUCAAUUCUUUAUUGGUACAGUGUGCUAUUUCUCUAUGCAAUUUUUAAAUAUGGCUCCCAGGAGAAAAAUUAGGUGUGUUUGGCUUUGUGGAGUUCCCCUUCCCUACCUUGCUAGGGAGCAAAAAUAAACAAGAGAAAUACAUUUCUCAUGCACAUCAGACCAUCUGGUUUUAAAUGCACAGGAAGCAACUGAUAAACUAAACUGAUUUCCAGUCUUGUUUUGUUUGUUUCCAGGAGAUGUCACUGUUAUGCAGGUACUUGUGCAAUUUCUGUCUCUCAAAAUCUAGUGAUGAGAUGAAGAGAUUUAUUACAAUGUUAGAAUCACUAUACCAGUGAUAUAAGUAAGGCCUUACAUAAGUCUUGCUGGGAAAAUUUCACUUAGGUCAUUUUUGACUGGGGAAUAGAUUACAAGAAAAACAAAUACGGUUUUGGAAUAUAGUCAUCAUUAGCUAAAAGUACUGUUGUUCAGUGGUAUGGAGCAAGAUCAGGACUUCUGCUUUAGGUUCUUGACUGUGUCACUGGUCUCCUGUGUAGCUUUGGGCAAGUAUCCUUAAUUCCUUUGUGCCUCAGUAUCCCUACGUACAGGAAUGCUUUCCUCCCUCUUGUGCGUUCUGUAAGCCUUAAUUAAUGUUUGUAAAAAUGUCAAGAGUUUCUGAACAGUCCUAUGGAAGCACAAAUUAGUAUGACUGUUACUUGAAGCCAAGACAGAUUGUUGAAAUCUAUCCAUUUCACCCAAUCUAAAAAUAAAUCCCAAACUGAAAAUACUUUUCCUCUUUCUUCUUAGAUCUCCAAAGUGAAGUGAAUGCAGCUUGCUGAUCCCUAUCAAGUGCCUGUCCUUGAAGAUGCAAGAAAAACUGCAAUUUCAGAGCAAGCUGUCUUCCACAUGUUUCCUGCCAAAAAAAUGAGUUCAUAUCAUCAAGGGCAAUGUGGGAGGCCUACUUAUAAAAGAGGCAUAAAACUGAUCCCUUCUGUGUGAACUGUGGGUCUGUUGUAGAGGCACUUGCCCAACAUCAGUCUGACUUUAAAAGGUAGCAAAACACUAAGGGAAUUUGUUAGCAGGCUAGAUUCCAUAUAUUAGUGAAACAGGGGGGCUUUGUAAAUAGACGUAUUGGUAGAAUUUGGAUUAAUAGAGAAAGCUUUAAAAGUGUUAAAUCUGUUUGUACUUCAUUUCCUGUGGCUGGUUUAUCUCUGUCCUUCAACGUUUAUUUGAUAUAAUGUUUAGUUUUCAGAGCCCUCUGCCAGUAUUAAAUGAUAGUUUCUUCUUCCUUCACCCUCUGUCCUCCUCUCCCCCGCAACUUGGCAAGUAUUUUCUCGUAUUGCCUCUGAAUAAAUCACUCUAAAUUUGCUUCAUAUUGUGUAAAACAGUAUCACCCUAAUUGUGCACUGUAAUUCGUAUUAGUUUAACCUCUGUGAAAGUACUGAUUGUAUUGAAACAAGCAGAUAUUUAUGCAACAAGCACACACAUUAACUGGGGCCAAGCCUAUAGCAAAACCAUGUAUGGACGCUGAUCAGCAGUUCUUAUUCAAGGGAAUCUAGAUGAGCUUUCAUUAAUGUAAGCUUCAAGUCUGUAUUUAGCUCUUCCUCAUUUUAAAGCACUUUCAUCUGCAGCAUUUAGGCUUUACAGGCAGCACAGCUGUCCUCGGCUGUCGUGUGAAAAGAUCGUUAGGGCCGGGUGUGAAACGUGCUGGGAGGUCAGGGCAGGUUGCUUAUGACAUCAGGACUAAGAAUGCUGUGAUGUCAUCAUCAUUCUACUCAGCACACUUGUGAGAUGCCUCUCUCUCUUGGAUUCAAAGACUCACUUCCACCCUCCUACCCCUGAUCCCUCAUUUCCCUUGUUGUGAAAUGAACAGGUUUGGAUGUCACUGUCUCAGUGCUACUGAGGAAGUUUUAUUGCCUGAGAUGCAAUCGCCAUUGAUCCUUUCCUUGACAGCACCUGAAGAUGGGGCUUUCUUCCUUGAUGGUCCAAGGAGCACAAGGCCAGUACAGCCUGUGACGACCCAGCCAACUCGCAGGGCUAGCAUGUCCACUAUCACGACAGUCGUACGGACAGGUGGAGACUGGACCACCGGUCUGUUCGGAGUCUGCAGUGACAAAAGAGUUUGUGUCUGUGGUACAUUGUGCAGUCCAUGUCUCGAAUGCAACCUUGCAAGACAUUAUGGGGAGUGCCUGUGUUUCCCGUUGCUACCAGGUUCCACCUUAGCAUUAAGAGUUGGCGUCAGAGAAAGGCACAGAAUACGAGGAACCCUUUGUGAAGACUGGAUGGCAGUUCAUUGCUGCUGGCCUUUUGCUGUCUGUCAAGCAGCUAGGGAACUGAAGAGGAGGGCUACGACCCAGAUCUACGAAGUAAACGCUGCUCCUGCAGCUAUAGAUGCUCCAGUUUUAAAAUGUCCAGCCACAGAACUUGAGUUGUGAUACCUUCCCCUCUCCCUGCAAUGUAAAUGUAUUAUUUUUAGAAAUAAAAUGCAUUAGUGUUUUAUAACAAAGCCUCCCUAGUGGCCCUAUGGGGCUCUGAUAUAACACCCAAUAAUCUCAGGUGCCAGUUUCUGUAGUAUAGCCAUGUUAACACAGUUCAGUGCUCUUAUGCCUGCCCAGAAGUAUGGCACUGCCUUCUCUGUCUGGGGACUAAGAUCAGAAAGCUCAGUGCAUAGUGAAGAAACUUUCUUAUGAGAACAGAAGUGGAAAAAUCAUUCUGCAGCUGAAAAUAAUUUAAGAGAAGAGGAUCAAAGACACAAGAAGAAACAGAGUUCAAUGAACAGGGCAUGAAACUGGAAAUGGAGGGAAAUGGGUACUGGUUCCCUUCAAUUUGCAGUGUAAAUUGCUGCUGUUCUUCUGUAAAAUGGGAAUGACUGAAUUUGCCCUUCUAGAAGAAGGGUUUUGAGAUCCUUCGAUGAAAACCCUCAUGGUAAUGAUAAUUACUGUUAUGCCUCCACUUUUUAGCUCACUUCAGUUUUGUUGGAGGCAAGCUUGAGGAUUUCUGUCCCUCAAAAUUAUAGGAAGGAAAGGGAGAAAAUAACGGCAACCCUGUCUAGAUUCCCAAAGUCAGACUAUAGUCCCAGAGUAGCUAGACAUACAUGGUAAAGGUGGGAUAAUUCAGUGAUGGUGCUCUUGUUCAGAGAGGAGAAAUAGAAUUCAGUUGAAAUACAUGAAAAUAAACAUUGUUUUAUUGUUUCAUGCAAAAACAGUUUUUAUGGUAACACAAUAGUUUCUACGGUAUGGAAUAAUAUACGUAUUUGGCAUAGAAAACUUGACCAGUGUCCAUCUGCUAACCUCCUUUAUGCUAAUAAGCUAAUUUUUACAGUGCACUCAUUCUGAGACCCAGUUCUGUCAAUUAUUCUUCCAGUGUAUAAGGUGCAGCCAUCCUUUUGAGUCAAGAUAACUUUUAAAUGAUCUACAGAUAAUAAACCUAAACAUUAGAGCUAUAAACUUAGACAAGUAAACUGCUGGCAAGUUAGAGCUUUCUAAAACCAUUGCCUUUCAACUGAUGAAAUACAAAAUAAAUAUCUCCCUGGUUAAUAAAAAACAGAAAAUGAAGAUUCA